ACUAUCACUAUCAGUGAAAUGAUUAAUAUUUUUAAAAAUACUCUUUUUUUUACCAAAAAUCCUCCGUUGAGGAAAAUAUUACAAAAAAAAAUCUUAUUGUCCAAGCACUCUAUACUAUUUUAUCAAAAGAACUGUUUUGCAAGCCAAAAUGUUUUAUCUAAAGGUGAAAAAGUUCAGGAUGCCGAAACUAUAGUAAAACUCAAAAGAGAUCCUGCAAAUAAGAAGAGCAAACAAGAUUCUUUUAAAGCACAAGGAUUCUUUAAUGUUAAUGCGUAUACAACUGCAGAAGAAUAUGAUCUUGAAAAUUUACUUCUCGGAAUAGAAGAGCAGGAACUAUAUACUCCCAAAAAGUUUUUCUCGACUGAUUACUUAGGUGCUCAACAAGAUGUUUUAUAUGUUCGUGCUAAAUAUGAAGUUGAUAAAGAGCCAAGAGAUAUAUUUUUUUUCCGGGAAGGUGUAAUAGUAUUAUGGAAUUGUGACAGCCUGGAAAAUAACAAUGUUUUAAAUUUUAUUAAAAAUUAUGAAAAGGAUCGUUAUUUAAAACCAUUAAUUCAAGGUGAAAGUGAAGUAAUGCCUUACGCUUAUGUAUCUGAAAAUGAAAAAGCUAAAUUCAAAGAUUCUACAUUUUAUUUGAGUCAACAGGAAGACAAUUUCUUAGAAAAGUACACAUUUUCAAAUGCUCUUUCAACUACAAUAAAAUUGGGAAUUUGGGAAGCAAUAUUGGAUCGCUACAUAAAUAGCUUGCAUUUUAUUACUGAAGACCUAAAAAAAGGACGGAAAAUAAAAAUUACUAGAGCAGAACUUUUGCGGAAAACCGGAGAAUUAUUUGCUCUAAGACAUUCAAUUAAUUUAAGUUCCGAUCUUUUAGAUACUCCGGAUUUUUACUGGGAUCGUGAAGAACUAGAAAAUUUAUAUAACCAAGUUUGCAAUUAUUUUAGCAUUUCCCGAAGGACAAGAGUUAUGAACGAAAAACUUAACCAUUGCAUUGAACUAGCCGAUUUAGUAAGCUCCAAUCUUAAUGAUGCCCAUCACGUUCGUUUAGAGUGGAUGAUAAUCAUUUUGAUUAUGGUUGAAGUAGCAUUUGAAAUAGUUCACUAUGCCGAUCGUUAUUACGAAUCAAAAAUGGAAGAGGAUAGACUGCAAACCAAUUUAAUUUCACAGUAAUUAUUUGUCGGAAAAAGUCAUGACGAAUUUAAUGUGUUUUAUUAAAUUUUUUUUUUCAAUCGAUAGCUAAAAGUAAACAUUUUUUUAAA